AUGCUCUCGAUGCUGGAGUUAGGGCUGCGGCUACUGAAUCAGCUUGGCAUUGCUAUGGUGCUAAACUGCAGUGGGCCAAGGGCGUGGGACAUGGGUGUAUAUCAUAGAAUAUAUGGGUUCGUUCCGGGUGGAGAGCACCGACCGAGCAACCCGACCGCGGCCCUGAACCGCCUCCUCAAGAUCUCCGAGGGCCACGAUCCCCACCUGCGCCCGCGCUGGGCCCUCAGCCUGCCGGUCGAGCGGGAGACCAAGUUGGGCUCGUGCUGGGCGUUUACCAGACAUACGGUGAUCGGACGGAAGCCGGAGGCUGAGGGUCGCUGUCCGCCUGUAUAUGUUCUCUUGAUCGGACUGGAGGUUUUCAUACUAGCCAAGAAUCAUCAAGGAAGACACUUACAUAGCUUAAACUGGACUUUGUAUACUCGAAUCAAUGAAGAAAAAUGUAUUUUUGUUCUUUCAAUUUAUGCCGCAGUAGGUCUGUAG